AUGGUGGUCAUUGUAGCUUCGCUAUUUCUGCCUUUCCAGCCGCAGUUUGAAGUUUCGGGAUCAGAUGCAGAUACUGCAGCGUUGCUAGAAAGCGAUGCUAUCAAAGUUCCGCAAACGAAUGCGGGCGGUGGAGGCCCAGGAUCGCUGGAACCCGGUGAUCCAUUGCGAAGAAAUAGAACGAGCUCUGUUCACUCGAGCUCUCCAUUCUCGAGCACUGAGCACGCUAAUGGAGGAUCGGACCUGCUUGACUACCCAAGCGCAUCCGUUACUCGAGAACAAGACUCUCACACGAACGUUGCCAGCCCUGGCAUCUCAUCUGACAUGUUUAUGGAGAAUCUUACGGCAAAUGCGGUCAACACAGGUGCCACAGGAACACCUGCCAACCCGGUGCACAAUCAAGGCAACACGUCGGUCGAGGAGUUUUUCAGUUCUCACCCGGGUGGAUCAAUGCAAGCAGUAUUCGGUGGGAGUGGAAUGUCAAGCAGGAACUAUUCGAAUGUGUCUACGCCUGGCGCAGAGGGUAUAUUCAGUCCCGUUCCGCAGCACGACUCGACUGCUAACCUCUUGAAAAAUGUUAACAAGUCCUUGUACCAAAAUAUGAUAGGCACCAGCGGGAGCCCCGUUCCAGCCUCAAUUGAGGGUAAAACACAACCCCAGGCAUCCAGGCCCACUAGUACCGUGAUUACGCCAAAAUCCAGGGACGUGCCUGACCUCAAUUCCAGUGUUGUGGACCUUCCAAAGGCCAAGCAUCAGCAGCAACAGCAGUACUCGUUGCCCGCUAUGAGAAGACUGCACCGCAAGUCUUCAAGUGCAGCUCCCUCUCCUGAACCCAAGGACGGUAAGGGUGCCCCCCACCAUCUCCUUGGCAAGAACCCGCUUCGUUCUCUUGAAAGUGGCCGUCAUACCUCGUCCGCAUUGAAAAAUGAGGUUAUUGAGGAAAGCGAUAGUGACCACUUUUCCGAUCAUGAAGAGGACACGAGAUCGAGAGUUCUCCAAUUUGGAGGCAUUUCGUCCGACGCCAAGACCAGAGCGUCUUUGUUGACGGGGUCAAAAAAUAUCUUCUCGCAGGUGCCUUGGAAAAUUGUGACAUCUGGCAAGGGAAAUGGCGGUCUCAAAAAUGCUAUCACGACUGCUUCUUCAGAAAAGGUAAUUGAAGAACCUGUUAAGUGGGUAGGCACUGUUGGUAUUCCAACGGACAGUAUUUCAAACGACGUUUUAGAUAAGGUCUGCGAGGAGCUUGAAAACAACUACGAUUGUGUUCCUGUUAUUUCUGAUGACAUCACAUUCAAAGUCGCUUACAAAAAUUUUUGCAAGCAGAUUCUAUGGCCCACGCUUCACUACCAAAUUCCCGAUAACCCUAACUCGAAGGCAUUCGAAGACCAUUCUUGGAACUUUUAUCAAGAUCUUAACCAGUUUUUCGCUGACAGCAUUGUCAAGGCUUACAAUGAAGGUGAUACGAUCUGGAUUCAUGAUUACCACUUGAUGCUUGUUCCUGGUAUGGUCAGAGCAAAGUUACCUAACGCUAAAAUUGGUUUCUUCUUGCACGUUUCGUUUCCUAGUAGUGAGGUUUUCAGAUGUUUUGCUCAAAGAGAGAACAUUCUGAACGGAAUUGUAGGGGCCAACUACGUGGGAUUCCAAACAGAGGAAUACGCUCGUCACUUUUUGCAGACAACGAAUCGUCUUUUGAUGACUGACGUCGACAAAACCACUUUGAAAUAUAAAGGUCGCAUCAUAGACGUCGGCAACGUUCCUAUCGGGAUUGACACGUUCAAUUUGGAUGCUCAGUUAAAUGCGGAAAACGUUCAAAACUGGCGCCAGUUGAUCCGGAGUCGCUGGCCUGAUAAAAAACUUAUUGUUGGUCGUGAUCAGUUCGACCGCAUUAGAGGUUUGAGAAAGAAACUACUGGCAUACGAAAGAUUCUUGCGUGCGAAUCCCGAGUAUGUCACACAAACCGUUUUGAUUCAAAUUUGCUUGGGGUCUGAAAAAAAUCCCGAGCUAGAGAGAGAGCUGAUGAUCGUGAUUGAUCGAAUCAAUGCUUUGUCACCCGAUAUCAGCACUUCGCAACCAGUUGUGUUUCUGCAUCAAGACCUUGAUUUCGCACAGUAUCUGGCUUUGAAUGCCGAGGCUGACUUAUUCUUGAUAACAACUAUGAGAGAGGGUAUGAAUCUGACAUGUCAUGAGUUCAUAGUUUCCUCAAGACAGCGUAACGCGCCACUUUUACUUUCGGAGUUCACUGGUAGUGCCUAUAUCAUGAAAGAUGGAGCUUAUCUGGUAAAUCCAUGGGAUGUUAAACAAGUUGCUCAAACUAUCAAGCGUGCUCUUGAGUUGCCAUACGAGGAGAAGAGACGAAGAUGGAAGACUUUGUAUAAGAGUAUCAUGAAGAAUGACUCGGACUACUGGGUCAAGGAGUCUUUGAACGGGAUCACAGGCUCUUGGUUCUUUAACAAGGAGAGAUCUACUGUGUUCAACCUGUCUUACGACACAAUGCUUUCUAGCUAUAGGGCUACCAGAAAACGCGUGUUCAUUUUUAAAAUUUCAGAACCACCAACUGCCAGGGCCCUAUCUAUUUUGGCUGAUCUGUCCGCUCACAGUAUAGUGUACGUGUUCAGUGCAUUCUCGCGCAAUAUGAUGGAAAGACUUUACACCCGUGCAGCCCAUGUUGGAUUGAUCGCGGAAAAUGGCGCCUACGUGAGACUCAACAAUCGCUGGUUCAGUAUUGUAGAAGAUGUUACGUGGAAAAGUGAAAUUGCCAAGGUUAUUGAGGAUAAAGUGGAGAGGCUGCCCGGCUCUUAUUGUAAGGAAGGGGAAUCGAUGAUCCGCUUUCAUACUGAAAACGCUGACGAUAAAGAACGUGUUUCCGGCGUAGUAGGUGAGGCAAUCACUCACGUCAAUACCCUUUUCGGUGAUAGAGGUAUCCAUGCUUAUUUGCACAAAAAUGUGGUGUUCGUUCAACAAAUUGGACUUGCGCUAAAAGCAGUGCAGUUUCUGAUGGCGUAUUUCAGCUCUGUCAACGCUAACACCAACUCGACUCCCCAACACUCGGUCGAAAACUCGCCGCUGUUGAGUCCACUUAUGGCGCCCUCCGUGCCUAACGGUGUGACGUCACCCGUGAGCCAAGGAGGUAACAACUCGUACUUUAGCUUGGGACGUGGCACUUCGCACGUUGAUUUUCUAGCCGUGACGGGAUCUACUUCACCUGUAGUGGAACCAUUGUUCGAGUACGUCAAUGAGAUGGCUAAAACCAGAUCUGUCAGGGCUGGUUACAGUGUGGUGUACGGAGUUUCUCUAUCCACGUAUGCAAAAGAGCACAUUGAGGGUCUGAAUGAACUUCUUUCCAUGUUGGAAAAGCUGAACGAGUUAAACUGA